AUGAACAUCGAAUUGGCUGAUAAAUUCCUCUCAAGCAUUGCCCAUGAGAGAGAUCAAGACAUUGAAGCUACCUCUCAAUUGCUGAAGCUGUUGCCAUUACCAAAAUUAGUGAAAGCUGGUCAAGCAAUCAAUAACCUGUAUUUAGAGAACAUCAGAACAGGUCUAGCUGGCAAGAUAUAUCUAGAAUUAGGGCCCUAUCAGGCUGUGGAUGAUGAGAUAUCCAAGGGAAGUAUAAAGGUUGGUGAUGUUGUAGCAGUGAAACCAUCAGCAACCAGUAAGGGGAAGUCCAAGGCCAAGACCAAGUCCAGUAAAGCUGAGGAAAAUGGUGAUUCUGAUAGAGGUGCAGAUGAUUUGGAGAUUACAGGUGUUGUCUUUAAGAUCACUGACAAGCAAUGCUCCAUAACCAUUGAUGAAGCUCAAGAGCAAGAUGCCAUGAAACUUUAUUCUUACAGCAAGUUGUAUCUACUGAAAACCGUUAACACAAUAACAUAUAAAAGGAUGGAAUCAACAAUGAGGAAAUUAAAGGAAUUUGAAGGACUCCCAGAUAAUAGGAUAAUAGAGUAUCUGCUGAAUGCUAGGCAGUUUAUCAGACAGGAGCCUUCAAAUAAAAUCACUUUCCAUAACGAUCAAUUAAAUGAGUCCCAGAAGGAUGCAAUCAAAUUUGCAUUGGCAAAUGAUAUUAGUAUAAUACAUGGUCCUCCUGGUACUGGUAAGACUUAUACAUUGGUUGAACUAAUAUUGCAAUUGGUCGAGAAAGGUCAGCGUGUUCUGGUCUGUGGGCCAUCCAAUAUAUCUGUGGAUACUAUUUUAGAAAGGCUGGCAAAGGUGCUUCCUGGUAAUCUUUUAUUACGUAUUGGACAUCCUGCUCGUCUAUUGGAGGCUAACUUAUCCCAUUCAUUGGACAUAUUGUCUAAAAGUGGUGACUCUGGUGCUAUUGUAAGAGAUAUCUAUCGUGAUAUUGAUAAGACCAUAGCUAGUAUUAAGAAAGUAAGAAAACCAGAUGCUCGUCGAGAAGGUUGGAAGGAAGUAAAAGAGCUUCGUAAGGAACUCAGACAACGAGAACGUAAAGUUGUCAAUGAUCUAAUACUUGAAGCCAAAGUUGUAGUUGCAACAUUACACGGCUCUAGCUCUAGAGAGUUAUGUGGUAUAUAUAACCAAGUCCCAAAACUAUUUGACACUUUAAUUAUUGAUGAGGUAUCCCAGAGUUUAGAACCUCAAUGUUGGAUACCAUUAAUAUCUCAUUAUAAAUCAGACUUUACAAAGCUUGUUCUGGCUGGUGACAAUAAACAAUUACCACCAACGAUUAAAACUGAAGAUAAUGAUAAGGUCAAAGUUACUCUUGGAACUACAUUAUUUGAUAGACUUGUCAAGAAUUAUGGUGACCAAUUUAAACUAUUAUUGAAUGUCCAAUAUCGUAUGAAUGAGCAGAUCAUGGAAUUCCCAUCGAAACAAAUGUAUGGUGGUAAACUUAUUGCCGAUGCAUCGGUAGCAAAUAAUGUGUUAUCAGACCUACCGGGAGUCGAUUCAAAUGAUGACACAUUACCACCACUUAUAUGGUAUGACACUCAGGGUGAUGACUUCUUAGAACAAGCAGAUAAUGAAGACGGCAUCGUUUCCUCAAAAUUUAAUGAAAACGAGGUACUACUUGUGAAGGAUCAUAUCAUUAAAUUGAUUGAGAGCAAUGUGCCCCAGGAUGCAAUUGGUGUCAUAUCACCAUAUAGUGCACAAACUUCAUUGCUUAAAAGCCUAAUACAAGAGCAAUAUCCUUUGAUAGAAAUAUCUACUGUGGAUGGGUUCCAAGGUAGAGAAAAGGAAGUGAUUGUUCUAUCUCUUGUUAGAAGCAAUGAUAAAAUGGAGGUUGGUUUCUUAAGAGAUGAUAGAAGACUGAAUGUUGCGAUAUCAAGACCUAAAAAACAAUUAUGUGUCAUUGGGAAUAUGGAAGUGUUAGAGAGAAGUGGUGUAAAGUUUUUGAAAAAUUGGGCAGAAUGGUCAAGUGAAAAUAGCGACCUUAGAUAUCCUGAUAUUAGUGAACUUCUAUAA